AUGACAGCUCUUGGUGCCGUUCCUCCUGGAGGUGAACGCUCGACGAUGACCGCUGUUGGAGGACCCGUUGCUAGUGGUGGAAAAUCCACGAUGACGGCAGUUGGAGCAUCGAUGGCCCCUCAAUCGACAAUGACUGCUGUGGGAGGAGUACCAAUGGCAGGACCUCGCUCGACAAUGACUGCUGUGGGAGGAGCCCCGCCUGGUGGACAUUCGACAAUGACAGCCGUGGGAGCACCGAUGACUGUGGGAGGAGUACCGAUGGCAGGACCCCGCUCGACGAUGACAGCUGUUGGUGGAGCCCCGCCUGGUGGACAGUCGACGAUGACAGCCUUGAGAGGAGCACCGAUGGCCCCCCAAUCAACAAUGACCGCUGUUGGAGGACCCGUUGCUGAUGGUAGGCAAUCGACGAUGACCGCCGUUGGAGGACCCACUAGAGUCCCCGGAGGACAAUCGACCAUGACAGCUGUUGGACACGCAGGCGGUGGAGUAGGAGCACCCGGUGGAGCUCCCAAGAUGGUUGAAGCCCCAGUUCCUGCAACGGGCCCUGGUGGGGGAGCAGCUACGUCGGCCUACUUCGCUGCGCCUGGUCAAGCAACGGGAGGUGGCGCACAAUCGGCAUACUUCGGAGUUGGUGGAGGAGGCACCGCAACUAAGACUGGUGGUGGUGAAAAUCCCAUUCCUGGACAAUCGGCCUAUUUCGCAGUCGGUGGAUCGGGUGGAGCAGACGCUGGCACGACUUCGGGAUACUUCUCUCCACACAAA